CCGGAUCGGUGUCACAGCCAGCAGCAGCAUCCGCAUUUUGAGCCGAACACCUUCACCUGCAAAACACGCAGCUGACGGUUUCAUGAUACGCUCUCCCGGAGGUAUCUGUUAGCAGCCGAGUUAACAUUUAAGAAGGAACCCUUCCAGAAUGGAGACGAAAAUUCACGUGCCAGUCGGCUCACCGGCGAUUAGAAAAAUUCCCAUUUUCGUGGACGAACGCGAUGUGACGGAGGGAGCCAUGAAGCUGAUUAAAGAGCUGAGACCAGCGUGGGAGCCGAGUCACGUCCACACCAAGCUCUUCACUGAUGGCACCACGAACAAGCUGGUGGGCUGCUAUGUGGAGGACCGUCCAGAGGACGUGGUCCUGGUACGAGUAUAUGGCAACAAGACGGAGCUGAUAGUGGACCGAGAUAAUGAGCUCAACAGCUUUCAGGUGCUGCAUGCUAAUGGCUGUGCGCCACGCCUCUACUGCUCCUUUCAGAAUGGUAUCUGUUAUGAAUUCAUGCAAGGAGAAGCUCUUGGCCCGCAGGAUGUCAGGGAUCCUUCCUUACUCAGACUGAUCGCCAGGGAGAUGGCUCGUAUCCACGCCAUCCAUGCACACAACGGCUGCGUCCCUAAACCCAACCUCUGGAUCAAGAUGCGUAAAUACUUUUCUCUUGUGUCCACAGAGUUCACAGAGAAGGCUUCAAAUAUUAGAAUCCAACAGGAAGUGCCCAGCAAAACAGUGCUGGAGCAGGAGAUGGUGUGGAUGAAAGAACAUCUCUCCACUCUGGGUUCUCCUGUAGUUCUGUGUCACAAUGACCUGCUCUGCAAGAACAUCAUCCACAACACCAAGGAGGGCCACGUUCGCUUCAUUGACUAUGAAUACUCCAGCUACAACUACCAGGCCUUUGAUAUUGGAAACCACUUCAAUGAGUUUGCAGGCAUGAUGGACCCGGACUUCGGACUCUAUCCCAGUCAGGAGAUGCAGAUGGUUUGGCUGAGAGUUUACCUGCAGGCCUACAAACUUUUCACCAAGAAAACAGACGAGGUCAGCGACAGAGAGUUGGAGACGCUCUACGUGCAGGUCAACAAGUUUGCUUUGGCUUCUCACUUUUUCUGGGGAUUUUGGGCUCUUAUCCAGGCCAAAUACUCCUCCAUUGAUUUUGACUUCCUCGGUUAUGCUGUACUGCGUUUCAACCAGUACUUCCAAACCAAACCUGUGGUGAUGGCCCUGCAGAUCCCAGAGUGAGAGCUGGGUUUUGCGAAGAGGUUCGAGGACACCACGGGGUCUCGGUCAGCCUGUCGGCUUCCUUUUUGCAACCUGCACAAUAACUACGUCAUUCCUUCACACCUUAGCUCAUGUCUGUCCAGAUCUAACCAGAGAUUUGCCAAAGCUUCCUGGCCUGUGUGCGUGUUGUAAAUUUAUGUGGUGAAAGACAAUGGAUGUUUUUCUGCCCGUUGUAGCCCAGUCAGCACAGUGGUCUGUCACUGGCGUCACCACACAGAUUGAGCAUUUAGAUUUUUCCUGCGUUCCUUCUCCAUCUGUUGGUGCUAACUGUUGUGCUUCCCAGAGAUCACCUGCCCCGUCAGAUUCUUCUCUGGGGGCAGUUUCACUUCUAACUGUUCUGAACAGCAAACUGCUGCUGCUAGAAGUCGUCGCACACUUUCCUAAGUGCUGAUGGACUUUUCCUGUGGAAGAACCCGUCAGACACAGAGUGUGACAGUGAAACGCUCCAAUCACAAUUGUGUUGUAGCAAUUGGUGAUAGAAAGUAGCGAAAUGUGCGUUUUUAUGUACUUAUGAAACAUACCAGAUUUUGGUUUGUGUGUGUGUGUAACAUCUCAGGUGCAAAAUGUGGUCAGUUUUACUGGUGGUGGUGGUGGUGAGGGGCAUCAUUAGCUGAAAUCUCUUCGUUUUUCCACCUUCUCGACUUUUACGGCUACACUGAACACUGCGCUUCAUUAAACUUUCCAAACCACAUUACAACCUCAAUCACCCUGUCAUUCUGUCUCCACCACCACACACACACAUACGUGAGCACACAAGCACAGUUCUGUCAUUUUGUUUGACAUCAGUGAGUCUGAGCCAGUCACACCUGAUCCACAGGCGCUGAUUAACUGCACACUGAAAGAAUUUUCACAAUCCAACAUUUUGCUGAAUAACUGAUUACUAUGUGAUUUCACUGGAGUUAGUCAGGUCUGUAAGUACUUGAACAGUAACACAUUUGUCAUUUUCCCAUCUCUCCACCAUGGCACUGAGCUGAAAUGAAGCAAUCGCAUGUCAUGGUGCAGGUGUUUAGCUUUGAUUCAAGGGGAUUAGCAAAAAUACAGUGUUAUCCAUUGAGGAACAAGCAACAUAGACUCUGAGCUUAACUGUAGCUUUGAACAUGUAAUUUAAGAAGUUUGAUCAUCUUUUAUUCACUUGUUUUACUAAGUUUCAACACCAGAGGGCACAAAUCAUCUAGAACAUUUUGAAUCUGUUUCUGGCAUAUUAAAGCUCAAUUGAGCCCAGGUUGUGAGGUCGUCUUCUUGAUGUGGACCCCUGAACAGUGUUCAGAUGGCAGGUUUUGAAACAUUCCAGAUAAAUGUUUGUAGUUGGCCAUUGCUAAUGUACAGCACAGAUGAAAGGUUUUUGCAAAAUCCCCAGCCACACGUUCUAUCAAUACUUUAAUUCUGGUCUUACCUUCAUUUUCUGUUGUGUAGUUUGUCCCGGAUUUGCCCACAUAGGGGCAUCAUGUUCAUUCUUGUGAUGCUUGUGUGUUUAAUUGAAAUCCAAGUCCUAUUCAGUGAAUUGGAAGUUUUUACAUAUCAUUCUCUAUCCUGUCUUCUCAAGAAUAAAAAAAAAACUGAAAAAGUGAA